CCUGCUCAUGCCCCUCCCUCCGCUCCUGGCUGCCUCCAAUACUUCUUCUUUGACCGUCUGGGCCCUCCGCAGACCCGUGUGUGAUGGGGAGAUAAACCGCGGUCGAACUUGAGCCUCCCGUUUGUUUACGCUGCUUGAUUUUUAGGUGGGGAGCCCAGCGCUUGAUCGACCUCCGGGGACGCACCACGCAAUUGCGCCGCAACAACCGAGGAACUGGCAGGUCUGGACUAGAAACUAAAGAGAGCGCCGUCGGUUGCCACCCACGCCGGGGCCAUGGUCUUUCCCCAGACGCCGGUCAGAAGCGGGCCGGAGCUGAGCCAGCUGGUCGAUUCGAUCAAUGAGCAGUUUGAUUUGGACAUCCCCAAUCCACGGAUCUACUCGCCCUCUAUUGGGCGAACUGAUAGCUCCCUCUCGUGGAGCAUCUACCGCCGACUCAAACGGCUCUAUUUUGAUCGGAGCGUAGAUCUGAAUCAAAUCCUGAACAAUUUCGAGGAAUGGGUCGUUUCCCAAUCAACGACAGACCUUCACAGAGCCAGUCGUUUGGGGCAUAUGCCGGGUUCAUUCUUAAGCUUCUCCGGGAGAGAUACCUUAACUGGCAAUGGAUGCAUGAGAAUCUCACAGUAUGAGAGACAUGAGCGCCUAACAUACCUGGGAGGGCUAAUAGAGGACGAGCUCUAUCUGCUCAACAAAGGGUCCUUUUCAGCACUCAAGGGAGAUGGCGGGCUUCCAGCAGAGCCACCAGCUACAGGCAAGUCACUGAAAAGGAGGCUUUCGAUCGAGGAGGAAUUCCAUACUGCUCCAAACUCUCCGGUCAAAGAUGCAGACCGAGCGGAUACUCCUAUGGAUAGGGAAGAUGUCUGCAAUCUUGACCUCGGAGGUGUCAAUAGAGCCCUAGAAUUACAGCCCACCACUACCACAGUGCCAGUCCAUAUCUUUAAGAGCCCCAAGACCACAGACAUGACGAAGAAACCGUCUAAGUUCGUGGAACGUCUGACAGCUGCUGACAAUUACCAGCGAUAUGAGGCAAUUCCCACGGUGGACAACAGUGCCAACUUCAGUUUCUCCACGACUGAGGCGUCUUCCGCGUUUCUUUAUUCCAAUAAUGGUCGUUAUGAUACCUCGUUUACGUCGACUGUCACUGAUGUCACUGAGCGAAUUCCGGACUCCGAAUCCAUGUACGAGGACUCUGUGGUAGGGCAUUUGCUAAGCCAAGAGACAAGUUUCGAGGAACCGCAACCCUCAGCUGCCUUCCCCCAGGAGCCCCGGUACUCAGUGGAAGGAGGUUUCAUGGGCGAGCUCAUCCACUUCGGACCGUUCUCCCUCGAUUAUCAAUACCCGAGCUCCGUUCCCCUUCGGUAUCGAUAUGAACUAGAGCGGGUGGCUAGAGCGUGGGGGAUACAGUUGGAUCAGAUGCUGGUUGGCUCCAGUAUCUCUUUCAAGACUUUGGAUGAUUUUUGGGGGUGGAUCGCGGGUCACAACCAGCGUAAUGGGAGACGGCUUCCAGAGAAGCCUUCUCGCAAGGCUUGGGAGGCUGCUACUGGAAGUUUCCGGACUGACAAACAUUCUGAAGUGACUGUUCUCACGGGAGACCUGGAAUGGUGUGAUGAAUCCGAGAAAGGGAUCCUCAAAAUGAAGCUGAAUCCCUUGAAAACUGAACGGACCUGCCGCUUUCAUCGUCGAUUUGGAUCCGAUAGGUUUCUCAGUCUCACUAUACCAGCUCCGGCGCGGCCACCAUCGCAUCUCCGACUGCCCUCACAGCCUACCCUCUUGCGGGAAACCUUGGCUUUAUGGCUGACACAGAAUGUCCACCGGUGCUUGGGAAGGACGUGGAAACCGUUCUUUGUGGAAGAGGUCAAGACCAAGCGGAAGAUCAAGUCCGAGCCUAAAUUCCGGGUUGACUUCUUUGCUAUUGAUGGCAUUGAUUUUGACCAUGGGUUACGCCCGGUCCCCUCUGUUGCUCCUCCUAACCAGGACAGUAGUCGGCAUACUCCCAUGAGUCUGGAUGCCCUCAUUGACUGGCACAUGCCUCGAGAAGCAAAUCGCAGCCAGUCCAACUGCAAGUUGUUUCAGCGCUUCUCCUUGGGUCUCUCGAAGACGUUCGCUACAGUGGUGCUGAAGCCACAACAGGUCUUGCCGUUAUCCGACGCGCCCAACCGCCCGGUGAUGAAUGAUGGCUGCGCUUUAAUGUCCCGGGGCCUAGCCAAUCAGAUCUGUGACUCGUUGGGCCUGACGGGGAUUACUCCGAGCGCGUUUCAAGGGAGAAUUGCCGGCGCCAAGGGGUUAUGGAUGGUCGACCGGCACCAGUCCGAGAUCUCCGCGGGCGGAGAUGACAUCUGGAUUCAAAUCUCCGACUCGCAGUUGAAGAUUAAACCCCAUCCACAUGGGUGGCAAGGGCCUGUCGACGAUGAGCAGCUGACGUUCGAGGUGGUCAAUUGGUCGAAACCGUUGCACCCCGUGGAUCUGAACACGCAGCUCUUGGCCAUCUUGGAACAUGGUGGGCAUGUGAAGGAACACAUUGCUGACCUGACCCGGUUAGGGAUUCAGUCGGUUUAUCAAGAUUUUGCGGAGGUUCUCAAGUCCGAUAGCCCGGUGCUCUGUCGGAGUCUGGUCCAGAAGAUCCGGCCGUCGGGAGAUGAUGGCGUGGGGCUGAUCUCACAGAAGGCCUUGCGUUAUGAACAGUGGAUGAGCAACGAUGCGGAAUUCAUCAUCCGGCUCACCGAAGCUGGUUUUGGUCCGCGGAGCUUCUAUCCCCUUCGUAAGCGACUUGGCAAGUGCCUUCGAGAGCUGCUCAAUCGAUAUGUGGAUGAGCUCCAUAUCGAGGUGCCCCUUUCGACAUAUGCCUUCUGUAUUGCGGACCCAUACGGAGUGUUGGAGCCAGAUGAAGUCCACUUUGGCUUUUCCAACAACUGGCGCGACGGCAAUGGCCAAUUUGAAGACAACCUGCUCGACGGGGUCGACGUUCUCGUCGGCCGUCUUCCCGCUCAUCUCCCUUCCGAUAUCCAACGCCGACGAGCGGUGUGGAAACAAGAGCUCCGACACUUCAAGGAUGUGAUUGUCUUUCCCAGCAAAGGGGAUAUUCCUUUGGCGCACAUGCUGUCUGGUGGGGACUAUGACGGAGAUACGCCGUGGAUCUGCUGGGAUCAGAAUAUCGUGCGCAACUUCGACAACACGGAUCUGCCGAGUGUCGAGUUUCCCCCGGAGCACUUUGGCCUUACGAAACAUUCUGUACCGAUGCGAGACAUCCAGUCCAUGGAUGAGUUUCUCCAGAGCGCAUUCACGUUCAACCUGACUCUAUCCAAUCUCGGGCGCUGUACCGUGGAGCAUGAGAAGAUCGCCUACGAAGAGUCAAUUGACUCAGCCAAGGCGAAGGAGCUGGCCUGUCUCCUCAGCCACUUGGUUGACGGCCGCAAAGGUGGCGUACACCUCCCGGAACGAUCUUGGCAAAAGUAUCGCAAGAAGAUCAGUCCGAGGGUGCGCGAACUGCCCGCCUAUAAGAAUCCCACGCGGCGGUAUAAGAAAUCCAAUAUCAUCGAUUAUCUCCGAUUCGAGGUAGCCCGCGACGAGCAGCGCAAAAUGCUGACGAAGCUCGAGAAAGCAUACCCCGAAGAGGAGGCAUGCAGCAAAGAUGAGGAUCUCAUACGGCCAUGGCAGACGCUGGAAGAACAGGUUCAGUUAGACCGGCAAGGAGGCGGGGAACUAUACCGCGCCGCCCAGCAAUUGAAGAAAAUCAGUGGCUUCUUCGAACGAUGGAGAAAUUCUCUACAAGGGGGUCAGAACUCAUUCUCACCUCUCACCCUGGAGGCUGCUGAUGAAGCCAGAGCCAUUCCUCCUCCGUCUGGCAAUCAUCCGUUGGUCCAGGUGUGGCAACACAGUCGAGACGAAUGGCUCCGGGUUCUCGCGUCGUACACAUACUUUAUGCAUCCCCGUUCCAGCUUUGUGAUGCACGCCUUUGGAGAAAUACUCUGUCAAAUCAAGACGAGCACGCUGCCGGCCCGGACUGUGACGACUGAAAUGCUCUCUUGCUAUCGUGUCAACCAGAAGAUGGUGUCGCGGCUUACCGCCCGGGACGCUCUGGGCGAGGAAGAGACGUUGGAUGGAGAGGACGAGUAUGAAGGGCAUGAGGCGAUUGAAGCGAUGUUGUUUGGGAUGCGGCCAUCUGGGGGAUAUUAUGACCCGGAUGACUGCAUGUCUGUGGAAUAGUUGAUAGCAGCGACAUUGGAUAUCACCGAGCGCUGUAUGUGAUGAAAUGAUAUGAUUGAAUCACCAGUUGGUGCAUGUACAUGGUACAAAAGCAAGGCAGGCGGUAGGACACGGCAAUAGA